UUCCCCACAGUACAAUAAUGUUGUAGCCCUCUAUACUUCUCAUUUUCAGGGUGACACCCUGCAAAAUGUGGCUAACGAACUGGAGUGUAUCAUCAACACGGGUCAGUAUACCUUCACCCUAUCAUCUGGAGCCUCGGGCGGCGAGGCUAGCAUGACUCUGGAGUACACGCCUUCUGCCAGACCGUCCCUGCCUCCCUCCUCGAUGGGGGAGGACGGCGUCACCUCCCGGACUUACGCCUCUGAGUCUUUCCAGGAGACGGGGGUGGUGAACGGGACACAGCUGGUCAGCAGGAUGGAGAACUGGACGAGGGAACAGAUCAACGAUUUCGUGAGGAAGCUGGGGUUCCUCGACACUCAGAAAGAAGGCGGAGAUAAGAUCAAAACAUUCCUUCACAUCAACGAGGUGGCCAAUAAGCUGCUAGAACUCCACAUUCACCUGAAGGACCUAGGCCACCCUGAAUACUUGAAGCCAAGGGAGAUGCGUUAUCUGGAUUGCAGUAUCGACUCUUACCAUGCUGACGGAAUGGUUACAGACUCAGAGUCGAAAUUGACGUCUUGGACACAGUCUGUCACUAAACUGCGCGGCCAACACCGGAUGCUCCUGUUUUUCAGUGUCCCAAAGCAGCUGCUUCUCUUCAAACUGAUCCAGACAUACUCCGAGGAGAGAGAGGAAGAUGUUGCUGAUGAACUGGUCAGGGAGGUCAUGUUUCUGGUCACCAAUGAGCCGGGUGUCAGACAAGAGCUCAAACAGAAUAUUGUGCAUUGUCUGCCAUAUUGGUACAACAUCAUCAAAAAUAAUUUCGAUGCCAUAGAGAUAGUGGGUGGUUUCCUUGGCAAUCUCCUACAACACCACGCCCUCCCACGACGCAGUACAAAGGUCAUCCGACGUGUCAGCAGCGCUCACUCAGUUCCCUGGUGUCUCCGACGGCAACCAGUUCCUCCACCACGCCCCCAAGUAUCAGCAGUCGCAGUUGGUGCGACUCAUCGUCGGCAUCUAUGGCGGAGUGCCCGAGUCAUUCGAGGUGUUCCACUGCCGAGCGUCGACCACGCAAGAGGAGCUGGGUCUGUUUCUGGAGAGGGUGGAGAAACAGCCACUGAGGUACCUCAUUCUGGAGGUCAACAAACUACCCUUCAGACUUCAGGAGUACCUGAUGCAGUGCUACCUGAAGAUCCAGCAGAUGGCCAGGAAAUACCAGGCAGAGAGAGAGAACCUCCAGAGUGGCGAGCACGAACCCUCUCCCUCCCACAGCACCGGCCAAGCAGCUGCCACUGUUGUAACUCCCGCCAAAUACUCUUUCCCCACCAUUCACUUCGUGGAAACGGCCUCCUCUGUCUUGAGGGAACUCCCCUGGAUUCUUCCAAAGGAACACAAGGAGGCUGGUCCAAAUAUGACGUUUGAGGAAGCACAAAAGAAGUGUAGGGAAGCUGUGAAGAAUUUUGCUGAGAUUCAACUGGUCUACGGGAAAGCAGGUGACGGAAAGACGCACUACAUCAAGCAGCAGUUGGAGAGCAGUUCUCGCAGUCUGACCAUCGCCGUGAACGAGGCAUUCACUCCACUCAGCGCCAUCAAGAAACUGAGGACCCUGCCCCCCAGCCAGAGGGACUGCGCCGUUUUUCUCAACUUCACCAUGUCACCUCCUGGGGAGAGUGUGGAUGAGAGUGAGGACAGGAAUUACAAGGAGCUGAUGAAGGUCAUCGGCUGGUUCUUCUUCGACCUCAUCCUCCUCGGCUACGUGGAGGACCCCGUCACGGGACUCUCUGUCUCCAUUCCAGGCGGAAUGGAAUGGAGGAUAUACGUGGAGGUUCCCUCGCGGAUCAGCUCUGACAGCCCCGAGGCCUCCCUGGAGCAGUUCAUGGAGGAGGUUCCUGCCCUGGGUAUGCUGGGAGUGCCCCACGUCAUCGACCCCACCACUUCCUAUACUGUGGACGAAGACGUUCAGUUGGUGUGCAAGUACCUGAAGGCCUACUGGACCUUCAGAGACCAGAGCCGAUCGAAGGGAAUCAACAAACUCUACAGAGAUAUGUUGGGAAAAGUGGUAAAGUUCAGCACAGACCCCGACAUCCUUGACCCAGAGUGCCACAAACUGCUCAAGAGGAGCUGGCCUGUGUUUGCAGAACAGCCAAAAGUCACACAGAAACUCUUCAUCAAGUACAUGAAGCGUCGCUGUGCCUUUCUAGACCGUCUCCCAGCCUUCAACUACAACACUGGCUUUGGGGAGUACUAUAUCGACCCAAUCACUGGGAAGAAAAUGACGACUGACACUCGAGAGCUGGGCUCAACUCUCAUGAGCACGAUGCUGCAGGAGGUGAUAGAUUUCUGCAACCCUGAGAUCAAAGAGAAUUGGUCCCUCAAGGCCCACCAACAGUUGAUCUAUGACUUCAAGGACGGCGGAGGGAGUUUUGGUCUCCUCUCUCUGCGCCCUGACCAACUGCCCAAACAAGACAAAGCCAAGUUUGAGAAGAUCAGAGUGGUAAUGCCCUCAAUGAUGCAAUUGUACAGCCGUGAGAUUCUAGACGUCUAUUUGUCGAGAGCCCUCAACGUUGAACUGGAGCCUGAGGACAAGCGACUGGCUCUCAUCGACAAGUCAAACUACGUGCUCACUCUUGACUACACCGUCAAGAUGUUAAACAUACACGAGAGGUAUGAGUGUGGAGUGCCGGUGAUCAUCGAGGGAGAGACAGGGAGUGGGGAAGACAGCUCUGGUGGAGAUGCUCUCCAAACUGUGGAACCAGUCUCUGCUCAACCAGUGGAGGAGGGAGAAGGACCAGAUCCUCGACUUUAUGAGACGAGAGCUCGGGGACCUCACUAACACUGAUGCAAUGGAGGACUACAUGAAAAGCUUGAGGUGUGUGGAAGAUUUGAGUGUGGAUAAACCAGUGAAAGAGGACGACCUCGUCACGUUGUGCCAGCUGCCUGACUCCACCUCAUCGACCGGAAGUUCUACACCACCCUCCGCUCCCACCUCCUCAAAAUGCAGGACUAUCCCUGUCAUUUCACUGCUCACCAUCAAGGGAAAGACGCGGGACAAGAGGUCUCUCACUGAGCUGUUCACUGUAUGCCAACAUACGGACCAAGCUGAGACCACAGCCAGUCUGCUGCAAGCUGUGAUGGUGUCAGAAGUUAAGUCGACGUUCUACAAGAUCAACGUCCAUGCGGCGCUCACCCCAGACCAGAUCUGGGGCCACCUCCAGCCUGCCAUUAAGCAGGCAGACUCCCUCAGGGAGGCCUACGAGCAAGGAGAGGACAAGGGUGCCUCCCUGCGUCUUCCCUUCGUUACCGUGUUUCUGGAUGAAGUCAACACGUCUUCGUGCUUGGGUCUUUUCAAGGAGAUUAUAGUGGACCGUACAUUUGAUGGAGAGCCCAUACCUGAUAACGUAUUCAUAGUGGCAGCCUGCAACCCUCACCGAGGUAACAGUCUGGCGGCCCACAGCCAGGUCAGCCAAGAGGCCUCCCCCAAAGAGGGCUGGACCCGCAGCACCUACUACGUCCGUCAGCUACACCCGACACUCGACUUCCUAAAAUGGGACUACGGAUCCCUGGACGAACACCAGGAGAGGGAGUACAUCAACGCCAAGAUGAAGAUGCUAAACCGGGAUAUGGCCAAUGGGGACGUAGCGUGCCUCACGGAUCUAAUCAUGGAGAGCCAAAAGUUGAUGAGGAAGUACGCCUGCGAGCAGCUCACUCACACAAUGACGGCAGGCGAGGCAAAGAUAUCCUCCCGGAGCUGUGUGAGCCAGCGGGACAUCCAGAGGGUCUUCACCUUCUUCCAGUGGUUCCAGAAUCUCUAUCAGACCUGCAAGCAACACGGAACAGACGACGAUUACUCCCGUAGAGCCAUCUUAGUCUCGCUGGGUAUAGUCUACUACAUGAGGCUCAACACAAAGUACCGCGCCGCAUUCAAAAAGGUCAUCGAUAAAUCAAAGUACGGUAAGGAGAUUAGCUUCUCCCGUGCCUUUGAGGAGGAGCUCGAGUGGUUUAUCAAAGAGAUGGAGCUCCCAACUGGCAUUGCUCAGACACAGGCUCUGAAGGAGAACCUCUUUGCCACCGUCGUUUGUACGGGGACCCACACUCCACUCAUCAUCGUGGGUGCUCCAGGCUCAUCAAAGACGCUCUCCUUCAACCUCACUAUCGCCAACCUCAAAGGACAGGAGUCAAAGAAGAAGGUGUUCAGAAAGACUGAGAUAUUCCACUCUCUGGACCCUCACUUCUACCAGUGCUCCCGUCGAACCACCUCGAACGAGAUAGACACUGUCUUCUCGAGGGCCAUCAACCGUCAGCGGAGCCACUUGCGUUUCUCGCUGCCCAUCUACUGCGUGGUGUUCAUGGACGAGGCCGGGCUUCCCGAGGAGAGCCACGAGUCUCUCAAGGUCCUUCAUUACCACCUUGACCGUCAGGAGGUCUCCUUCGUUGCCAUCACCAACCACAUGCUCGAUGCAGCCAAGAGCAACCGGGCCGUGUGCCUCUUUCGUCCCGAAGCGUCAGAGGACGACCUCAAAACACUGGCUCGUGGGUGCCUCUCUUCCAAGCUAGAUUCUCCUCCACCGGAGCUGCAGAAGGACCUCGAUCUUGUCGUGAAGUUCUGCCCGGCGUUCUCGCAGCUCAUGAAGGACAGGACGUUCAGCCACUUCUUUGGGCUGCGCGACUUCAUCCACUUUGUCAACUACCUGCGCAGGAGACGUGGCAUGAUGCUCAAUGAGCAGCUGGUGAUGGAGGCUCUGGAGAGGAACUUCAAUGGAUAUGAGCAGUUUGACAAAGUUGCCGAAUCCUUUAUGAUUGCUAUGGGAAGCCAGUAUGCCUUGGUGCAGAGACGGAGCAUACUAACGGUCCUGAAGGACAGCCUCAGUGACCGACCCUCAUGGGACGGACGAGACAUGUCCGAGAACGAGGUCCGAUAUAAACUCAUCAUCGAUCCUUCGGAGGACGACUCGCUCAUUCGCCUCCUCUUCUCCCUGGGAGUUCUGGACAGACAGAACACCAGGAUGUAUGUAUGCAGCGACUUCCCUGGAGAUAGCCAAAUUCAGAAGAUCAACACGAUAGCUGCCAUCCGCCACUCUGCCAUACAGGGCCACACGGUCGUCAUGAGCCAGACGGACGACAUCCACGAAAGCUUCUACGACCUCUUCAACCAACGGUUCCGUCGCAUCGACGACCAACAAGGGGGUCGCCGCUACUACACAAACAUUGCCAUCGGGGCCCACCUGCGACCGUGCCGAGUGGACCCCAACUUCCAGUGUGUGGUGGUGGUGAAGAAGUCUGAGGUGGUCCACACACCCGCUCCGUUCCUCAACCGGUUUGAGAAGUACUGCAUCACCCACGAGACACUGCUGGAGACCGCCCUCACCCGUCUCCCUCCCUGUCUCAAGAGAGUGGUUCUGGCUGCACAGGAAAAGGUAGAGGACUUUGUGAAGCAAGUUGGUCCGGAUGGACUGUAUGGGUAUCAGUUGGACACAGUCAACUCUCUCAUAUUGAGUCUCCUGCCUCCGGUUGACUUUGGGUUCCACUGUCAGAAGGAGCCGAGUUUGUAUGAUACCUCGGAUGACAUCAAACUGUGCACAUUGAGACUGCUGGUGCAGUAUGUCAGGAGAUGCUCAGGACUUCACAUCCCAUUUGUGCCAGUUGACGAGUUGCAGUCAGAUGCUGAGCAGGUUUUUGCCAUUGUUGAGUGUGAUCCAGAGUUCCAGGGGAUUAUGAAAGACCUUGAGCACCACAGGGCAAAGGAUGCCGUCCACGAGGCAGUGAACAAGCUGCACACUGCUCCUGACCUGACCAGAGACUGA